GAACGCACGACGGUUGUUUUGUUACGUGGGGUUACGCGGUGCAGUUCCCGUGAGAGUGUGUGGUGGUGACUAACCCCAAAAUUGUGUCCCCCUUCUUCGGUCCGAAAAAAAUAAAAACCCGAAAGAAAGCAUCCGAUGCGAUCGGGGUUGUACAAACAACGCACAUGGAGUUGAAUAGGUACAACAUCACCGUGUAGUCACUCCAGGGUGCAUGGUAUUUCGUGGCGUAGCGGAAAAGAAUGAAGGAAAGGUGAAAGAAAUUAGGAAGCCGUAAAAAGAAAAAGUAAACAUAAACCAUCCGCGCAUCCCCUUUCCGGGUGGAUAUGGUUGUGUGUGUGUGUGGAUGUCGAUCGUGAAUCUUCUUUGCUGCAGCAGAAAAUAAGCAGUACUCGCGGUUGUCUUAUCAUUUGUACCGUGCGCGCUCGAACCGCCGAUCCGUCGUUUACCGAUGUGCUAAAAACCGGUCAACACAGCUCCACUAAUCGACGAUGGUUCAGCUGGAACAGUAAUUAGAAGGAACGAAACCGGGGCCCUGUCUGAGCAGUUAACUGGACAAAUCACAGACGCCGAAGAAAGCGAUCCAUAAAGAGCGUCCGUCGCCCAUUCCUGCUUCCUCGUCGCAAGGGACCAACUCGCAGCGCGCGAGAUGCGACAGCAUUUGCGUGAACAGCUAGCGGUCCGUUACCACCUUCACCAGCGACAGCACAACCAGCAACGACGUCAUGCCGGCAAUUAAGCCAAACAUCUACGCCGUGAUAGUGACCUCGGUGGGAUUCCUCUGUCUGGUCAUCAGUGCGACAGCGGUCGGGGUGCCGGUAUGGGCGUACUACGAGGGCCGCGGUAUGGAGGAUCGUGGAUAUUUUAGUCCUUGGCAAAAGUGUCAGGUGCUCAACUAUCGGGAACGGUGCGGUGAUGUUGGACGCUUCAAACCGGAUGCCGUCGUGUUUGUGAGCGGACUGUUGGCGGUCGGUGGAUGCGCACUGUUCGGGAUCUUUUGCGUCCUGAGCAUAAUCCAAAUUGCGAUGAUAUCGUCUCGCGAUCGUGUCUGUAUGAGCUACAAAGCGCUGGUAAUGGUGAAGCUAGUCGCAGCCGUACUGGCCGCCGGUCUAUCCAUAGCGGCUGCAAUUCUGUUUGCGCUACAAACCGAUGACUAUGCUCGAGGCUAUAGGAUCACACGGGGGAUAUCUUUCUAUCUGCAAAUUCUCGUGACGGCACUGUCCCUAGCGCUGCUCGCUUUGGCCGCGUACGAUCGUAUCCUUACGAAGCGACCCGAGGGUGACCCAACCAUGUUGUCGAACGCAACGUCCAACGGUCGAGGAGGUGGUCGUACCGGUUCCACCUAUAAUAAUCCCGGCUUCCGAGAGCCGUCACACAAUCCCAAUGGCAUUGCAGUAACAGAUUCAUCCGGGCGGCCAUACUCUUCCGGCAUGAAUGGUAGUAUGCAAUCGGUCAACACGACCGUUACAACCGUCUCGAACGGUUCGACGAUCGGGUCGGGAUCAGUAACGAGAACACCGUUACGAUCGAGCCUCAAGAAACCCCGCCCACCAAACACAACAACGGACGGGUUGGGCAUCCGCAAUCCCGGCUACUCCGGCGGCAAUCAAUCACCACGAAUGCAGCGGAACGGUAGCGUUAAGAAGGUGCGUAUCCAAACGCACAGCACAGAUGUUUAGUGAAUAGUAAGAUUAAGAGCAUAAAAGAAGGGGGUAAUCGAGGGUACUAAACGUAGGAUAGAUUUCUGUCGCUCGCAACACUCUCAAGCAUUCCGUCCAAUUGUAAUCCAGCACGUCCAUGCUAGAAGACAAGUGAAACAAAUCGUACUGAUUGUAAAUAUAGUAUUUAUGCGUGACCAAUAUGCCACAGCCUGGCAUACAGCGGACGCCAGCCCCUUUGGCGCAACAAUCCAUACUAGAGAUAAUCAAUUGAAUAAGUAUAGCACGCGAAGGCGGAACCAUUGGCGUACACGACCAAAUCGGCUUGAAGCGUUUGAGCGAGCUGCUAGUUAGUAGAACAUAAGUGUCGACAGUCCAAAUGCGCAAAAAGUGCUUUAGUGUGAAUUUGUACGGUUUCUUACUGCUAAGGGCAAUUCUCUUUUCACCCGGACCAAGUAAUACAGGUUGCCUUACUACUUACUAGCGACAACAUGCCACUUAAACGCACGUGUAUUCGUUCGUCCAUUUUGUCGAGCAAGUAUUAGUUCCCUUUAUGCCACUUUUAGAAUUCUUUAAGGGUCACUGUACGGGAGGAAAUAGUCGAAUGCUGUCUUGUUUCUUAGCAACAAAUGACGGGCAAACAUGUGAUUGUAAUUCAAGAUCGUAUUAUAAUACGGUACAAAGCUGGACACACUCUCACACGUAGCCUUUUCCAUGGGUUACGCCAUUUGUUUUAAUCACUAGCUGUUAAAUUUACGUUUUUAAACUCUUCAUAGCAACAUAUCUCGACAGGCGUGCGUGGAUAAGCAAUGAUUGCGGUCUUCCAAGGUUGUUAGUAGCGUGUAGUAAAUGUAGGAGAUAUCAUUAAGCGCACGUCCGCAUUCCGCAUUGAAAUGUAUUCCGUCCCGAGGGAGAAGAUUCUCGUUAAAUUAGUAGCAUAGCAGUUUAGUGUAUCGCAUUGUUAUUAUUCAUAUUCCACCUGAUGCAGUAGCAGCAUUCCGGUCAGUUUUAAAUCUCUCCUAACAACCGUCCGUUUGUGUUAAUGUUUAGAGUUUUUUGGGUUCCGGUGUGAGACUGUGCUCGCACAUGGAAACUUGUUUAUUACUUAACCAUAAGAGCAUUAAUUGCAAUUUGUAAUCGCAGACCCUUAGAAGGGUAAGUCUUCGUUUUUUUCGCGGAGACAUUAACAAACAGUAUCUGAAUUAAAACGGUAUAGUAAAAUCAUCAUCUAUCUAUAUCUAUCAUCACAUAUCAUCUUUGGAACGCAAAGUAUCUAAAUAUAGCGAUGUGAUUUUUGCUCCAUCGUUUUCUAUUUGUUUGAGUCACAGCCAAGCAGCGCUUGAUUACAUGUAGACGUGUGAGUGUAUUUUGUGUGAAAGAAGCACAGCUUUUUUAUCUAUGUUUAUAAAAGGAAGAAAAGAUUUAUUUGCUAGUUAGAUUUUUUUUAUUACACUAAAGCAGUGAAAGGCAAUACAAGCGAAAUGUGGGUAAGGGCAUCACGUUCUAAACCAUGAGAAAGACAGUAGCCGAUACUGUGAUUCAUUAAAAAUGAAUUCUAUAAUUCCUGUUCGAUCGUAUUACGGUGUUUCUCCGUUGUGACGAGUAUUUCUUUUUUAAAUAGUGAGUGGUGUGUAAAAUGUAGGAAAAGGAAGCGUAACAAAUGACAAUGGAAAUCUGUAAUAAAUCCAGAAAAAAAUGUUCACACUACUGUAGUAAAGGCCGAGGGAAACCCCGAAGUUGCAA